UGUGUUGUUUCAGGAAUGGAUGAUGGAAUGUGCUCCAGCUCAGUGAGGAGGCGUCUGUGGCUCUGUGUGUGGCUCGUGAGCACCACCUGCUGUCUGAGCUUGUGUCAGGAUGUGAGUGAAAGUCUGAAAGAGGCCAAAGAGUUAAAUGACAACAUCACAGUCUUCACCAGGAUCCUGGACCGACUGUUGGACGGGUAUGACAACAGACUCCGCCCAGGACUGGGAGAAAAAGUGACGGAAAUCAAAACCAACAUCUUCGUCACCAGCUUCGGUCCAGUUUCUGACACAGAGAUGGAAUACACCAUCGACGUGUUCUUCCGUCAAACGUGGAAAGACGAGCGACUUCGCUUCGAAGGUCCGAUGGAGAUGCUUCAUCUCAACAACCUGCUGGCCUCCAACAUAUGGACACCCGACACCUUCUUCCUCAAUGGCAAAAAGUCCAUCGCCCACAACAUGACCACGCCCAACAAGCUGCUGCGACUCAAAGACGAUGGCACGUUGCUCUACACCAUGAGAUUGACGAUAUCAGCUGAGUGUCCCAUGCAGCUGGAGGACUUUCCUAUGGACGCACACGCGUGUCCACUCAAGUUUGGAAGCUAUGCAUACCCAGUGUCAGAGGUGGUUUACUCAUGGACACAGGAAGCAGCUAAGUCAGUGGUGGUGGCUGAGGACGGAUCACGUCUGAACCAGUACCAUCUGAUCGGUCAGACAGCAGGGACAGAGGACAUCUACACCAGCAGAGGUCAAUACACCGUGAUGAUGGCUCACUUUUACCUGAAGAGGAAGAUCGGCUACUUUGUCAUCCAGACCUACAUGCCAUGUUUCAUGACCGUCAUCUUAUCCCAGGUUUCAUUUUGGCUCAACAGAGAGUCUGUACCAGCACGAACUGUCUUUGGUGUGACCACAGUUCUCACCAUGACGACGCUCAGCAUCAGUGCACGCAACUCGCUACCUAAAGUAGCGUACGCGACUGCAAUGGACUGGUUUAUCGCAGUCUGCUACGCUUUCGUCUUCUCUGCUCUCAUUGAAUUUGCGACAGUCAACUACUUCACCAAGAGGAGCUGGGCCUGGGACGGGAAGAAGGCUAUGGAGGCUCAACAACCCAAGAAAAAAGACCCACUGGCUUUGUCUAAAAAACCCAACAACACGUGUUCGGCAGGUGUGAACUACACCACCAACCUCACCAAAGACACGUCGAUCUCCACCAUCUCUAACAGCACAGCAGCGCAGCUCAAACCCCCAGAUUCCAAGACUCCAGACCCUAAAAAGACUUACAACAGCGUGAGCAAGAUCGACAAGAUGUCCCGGAUCGUGUUCCCGGUGCUGUUUGGAACCUUCAACCUGGUUUACUGGGCCACGUAUCUCAACCGAGAACCCGUGAUCAAAGGAGCCGUGUGAGCUCGCUGUAUCAUCCAUGUUUUCUUAGGCUGUCAGGUCACUGUGCAUGUCUGUUGCUUUAGGAACAAUGUUGCCAUGUUUGCCUUGAGUUUGUACAUGAAGAACAACUUCUCCUUAAAAAGAUUAUCUCAUUUUAAAAGUCAGUCACAGAUUAGUUUAGUUUUUUAAUGCCGGGAUCAGGUGACACCACAUCAGAUUAUCCAUCACAGUGGAUUCUUACAAUCUCCUGUUCGAGGAACUGGAAACACAACAAGUUUGACCCCGACCGGUCGUCCUUCAUGACACUGCAUGUGUUCAUCUGGGAGGCGGAGCAAGGAGUUUUCAAUCAUGGCUACCAAAGUGUUGCUGGCAGUCUUUCUGCUCAGACACAAAAAAAGACAAAGACAAAAGAAAAAGAGAUUAUGGAGCGGUUCCUGGGUGUCCUGAAGAGGACAGUUUGGACUGUCUGUCCUUCAAGUUACGCCGUGUCACAUGGCUGUGUUCUUCUAUUGGUCCACGUCUAGGUAGGAUGACAGAGUCAGAUUAGGCAGAACAGAAAAAUCUCGAACAUUCUACACUUCUCGUCCCAGACGCCAAAUCUGUGUUGCGUCGUCUCGACUAAAUCGUUGUGAACGCGUGGUCUGAUCCCGGCAGACGCUGUUAGCAUUUGGCAUUCAUCUUUUCUCCUGGAGUCUGUGGUUGACGGUGGUAAAACGAGGCCAAAUGCUAUGCAAAAACAACAUUUUUAUUCUUAUUGCUCAGCAGCUGCUUUUAUCUUUGUUAACAAAAACAAACAAACAAACAAUAAAAAUGGUCUGGAGGUCCAGGUUCACGUUCUGGACCCUGGAACAUGGACGUUUUGCUUCAUUGUUAAAAGCAGACUAAUAGCCAUGCUAAAUGUGUUGCCUUCAGAGUGUGACGACUCAUCACGAAUGCACUGAAAACUCCUGCAGUUAAUGUUUAUUGUCUUAUAUGAUGCUUUUCUGGAUCUAGAAUGGCCACAUUACAUUUUCAGUGAUAUUUCAGGUUUUACAGUGAGGUUGUAUGAGGUACUGUCCUGUGAGCGCCCCCUGUGUGUAAUGAAAUCACCGUCAGUUUAAAUCUACAAUAUCUACGUCACAUGUUCAGUCUUUAUCUCACUGUUAGACAGACUU